AUGAGCAGUGCCACUGCUCCCCAGGACGUGGCAGCCCACCUGUCCGCCAAUGGUCUCAGUGGUAUUACCUGGACAGGCGUGGCGCCGGGCAUAGCAUUCAUCGCGACCCGCACAGCCAUCCGUCUACGGAAAAUGAAGCGUUUGCUCGCAGACGGCUACUUUGAGAGGACAUACAAUAACAACACCAUAGCCUGCGAUACGUUCAUUUCGAAUUCGUCAUUCGUCGGUCUCUUCUGGACGGUCCUCUGGGCCAUCAAGGGCUCCUUCCUAGCGCUAUUCUGGAUGAUCUCAGACGGGCUCCCAACACAUCGUCGCGCAUGCAGCGGAAUCGCCCUAUUCGCCUUCCUAGCUAAUGUGUCUCCCCUCCGCCUCCUUCAGAAAGCCAAAAUCAACAAACACCAAAAGCUCGGUCUCGCCGUCGUCUUCUGCGUCGGUUUUAUCAUCAUCGCAACGGCAAUUGUCCGCGCGAUCGAAAUCACCGGAAAGUCCUACUCAGACCAAGUCGGCCUCGCAGUGUGGAGUAUCGCCGAAUCAUCCAUUUCCGUAAUAGUCGGCUGCCUUCCGCCCUUCAAAUCGUUCAUCUCGAAGAAAUCAUCCACAACGCCGUACCUGUACGCAUCCUCGUACACAGGUAACAGAUAUGAUCGGAGCGCGACAUCGGCGCGGAAGAAGAGGUCCUUGGUUGCGACGAGCUGGAGCAAGAUGCCGCUGCCGUUGAAGGAUAUGAAGUCGUACCGGGAGUUUGAGUAUGAGCCGCAUUCGCGAGAUGUGCAUAUUACGGGUGGGGCGAGUGGGCAGGAGAGAUUGCAGAAUACGUCAUGA